AGAGCCCAGCUUGCUUUGGGUUUGGGGGGAGGCGGUGGCGGCUCUGUAGAAGGAAGAAGAGUGGGGCGGGAGGAGGCAGCGGUGGCGAUCCGGCCAGGGUGAUGGUGCAGGUGCUAAGGGCCGGCGCGGAGCUGCCGCGCUGAGGAGCGACGGGUCCGGAGUCCGCAGCGCCGCCGCGUCGCUCCCGAGGACGGGCGAGCGGGCGGGAAGAUGCUGAGCAGGUUGAUGAGCGGCAGCAGCAGGAGUCUGGAGCGCGAGUACAGCUGCACCGUGAGGCUGCUGGACGACAGCGAGUACACCUGCACCAUCCAGAGAGAUGCCAAAGGCCAGUAUCUGUUUGAUCUCCUUUGCCACCACCUGAACCUACUUGAGAAAGACUACUUUGGGAUUCGUUUUGUGGACCCAGAUAAGCAGCGGCAUUGGUUGGAGUUUACAAAGUCAGUGGUGAAGCAGCUAAGAUCCCAGCCUCCAUUCACCAUGUGUUUCCGUGUGAAGUUUUACCCUGCAGACCCCGCUGCCCUGAAAGAGGAAAUAACCAGGUACUUAGUCUUCCUGCAGAUCAAAAGGGAUCUCUACCACGGCCGUCUUCUCUGUAAAACAUCGGAUGCUGCCUUGUUAGCGGCCUAUAUCCUUCAAGCGGAGAUUGGGGAUUAUGACCCGGGAAAGCACCCUGAAGGCUACAGCUCCAAGUUCCAAUUUUUCCCAAAACAUUCAGAGAAACUGGAAAAGAAAAUUGCCGAGAUUCACAAGACCGAACUCAGUGGUCAAUCACCAGCAACAUCUGAGCUGAAUUUCUUAAGAAAGGCCCAGACGUUAGAGACCUAUGGAGUGGACCCUCACCCAUGCAAGGAUGUGUCAGGGAAUGCUGCGUUUCUGGCCUUCACUCCUUUCGGGUUUGUUGUUCUUCAAGGAAACAAGAGGGUUCACUUCAUUAAAUGGAAUGAGGUGACCAAGCUGAAAUUUGAAGGAAAGACUUUCUAUUUAUAUGUAAGUCAGAAAGAGGAAAAAAAGAUUAUUCUCACAUAUUUUGCUCCAACUCCAGAAGCCUGCAAGCACCUCUGGAAAUGUGGAAUUGAGAACCAAGCCUUCUACAAGCUGGAGAAGUCAAGCCAAGUCCGCACAGUGUCCAGCAGCAAUUUAUUCUUUAAAGGGAGCCGGUUCCGAUACAGUGGCCGGGUUGCAAAGGAAGUAAUGGAGUCAAGUGCCAAGAUCAAACGGGAACCGCCAGAGAUACACAGAGCAGGGAUGGUCCCUAGCCGCAGCUGUCCUUCCAUAACCCAUGGCCCACGACUGAGCAGUGUUCCCAGGACACGAAGAAGAGCUGUGCACAUCUCUAUCAUGGAAGGCCUUGAGUCCCUGCGAGACAGUGCCCACUCCACACCAGUGCGGUCCUCUUCCCACGGGGACACCUUCUUGCCUCACGUGAGAAGCAGCCGGGCAGACAGCAACGAACGUGUAGCAGUGAUAGCGGAUGAGGCCUAUAGCCCUGCAGACAGUGUGCUGCCCACCCCUGUAGCCGAGCACAGCCUGGAGCUGAUGCUGCUCUCCCGGCAGAUCAACGGAGCCACGUGUAGCAUUGAGGAGGAGAAGGAGUCAGAGGCCAGCACCCCAACUGCGACAGAGGCGGAGGCCCUGGGAGGAGAGCUGAGGGCCCUGUGUCAGGGGCACGGCGGGUCAGAGCAAGAACAGGUGAAUAAGUUUGUUUUAAGUGUCCUCCGUUUGCUCCUUGUGACCAUGGGACUCCUCUUUGUUUUGCUCCUCCUCCUGAUCGUCCUUACUGAGUCUGACCUUGACGUUGCUUUUUUCCGAGAUAUCCGCCAGACCCCUGAGUUUGAACAAUUCCACUAUCAAUACUUUUGUCCCCUCAGGCGAUGGUUUGCCUGCAAAAUCCGCUCAGUGGUGAGCCUGCUCAUUGACACCUGAGAAGGCAUGACUCCUCCCACUAACUAGCCAGGUGGACCAAGGAGCCCGGCUACUCAUUCCCAGCAAUGGGACCCAUCGGAACCAUCGGCACACACACCAAGUCCUCUCAUGACUCAAAGUCCACUGCAGCCUAGGAGGGUUGUUUCCCAGAAGAAAGGGAUAUAGGCCAAUGCUCUGUAAACCUGGAAAAUUCCGUUUCUUCAGAGGCUCUUCCAGGAAAGGCUCAGCAACUCAAAUGUUUCUCAUCUUUCAAUAUGCAGGAUAAUUUUUGGGUUUGAACUUUAAUUUUUCAUAGAUGUGUAUUAUUUUGAAAGUAUCCAAAUAAAAGUCAUUUAUUUUACUAUACUGAUAUUGCAGUAGUGCCACCCAGUAGAUGGGCCACUAGCUGAAGACUCAGAUUGUUGUCCUCUGUACCCUGCAACUUUCUCACUGGUGCCAGUGGGUUCCGGGAGACCCAGCAGGGCAGGCCAGGGCUAUGGACAGCCAGGAUUGGCUUCCUUGCCAGACCGAAAAGUUUAACAAAGUAAACUGUGUAGAAUGAUUAAAUAGAAAGUUGCUUCUUACGACAGUCUGAGUUGGAUUUUCUCUUCCUUUUGUUUUUUCAAAUCUGAGCAGAGUGGGCAUCUCAAUGGACCACAGCUACAACAGCAGCAGCAGAAGAAGGGGUGGGGUAGGUCUGUCCCCUUAGACUAGAGCCUAGUGGACAUCUGAGUUUUAUUUAAUAGUUUGUUUGUUUUUUCUGAAGAACCUCAAGACUUCUAGUACUUCUGGGGUGUUAAAGUGGUGCCAGAGUGUGCUGUCAGAAAUGUCCGACAGUAGUUACCAGAGACUUGUGCUGAGUCACCCAAGAGCCUGCAGAGUCACAGGGAGCAGUGCUUGUCUUGUACAGUGUGUCCCCCCCUCCCCAAAAGACUAUUUCAAGCUCUAUUUUAACAGCAAAAUGUUAUUUUCCUAUCUAUUCAAAUUUUGGCUUUACUUUAUGAAUUAAAAGAUGCAAGAGAGAAACAGAUCUGGGGAAGACAUUGGGAAGGAGCAGCAGCCUUGGAAGGGACCAGGAAACACCGAGCAGACUCUCUAAACCAUGCCAACAAACGACAGAAUUUGACUGUGGCAGAGACCAACACUUACUGUAGGAAUGCCACCCAUAGGGUCAACCUCUGCUCCUGGAAACAAGGUCAAGGAACACUUAGCAUGGCUCACAGCACACACACACACACACACACACACACACACACACACACACACACACACACACACACAGAGAGAGACAGAGAGAGAGAGAGAGAGAGAGAUGAGCAGCUGUCCCCAGGCCUCUACACUUCUUACCACCAAUAACAUCCAAAAGCUUGUUUUCAUCUCAGGGAGACCAAUAAGUCAUCUGAGGCCCGAGGACUCAUGGAAAGGACAGAAAGGACAGCCAAGGGGCAUACUCUGGGGACCAGGAAACAGCGGAGCAGCACAGCCCCAAAUGCAGGACACACUGGGUUGUACUGUAUUUGAGCUCCUCUUAUCUUGCUGCCUGGGGUAGAACCGUGUCCACAUUCAGAUUAUGACAGCCAUUAAAAACAAAAAACAACAACGGGGUUUUGAAGAUGCAGGGAGGGCAAUUACAAAUUCUAAAGAAAGAUGACAUCCUUAUCUAAACCAGAGGGCAACAAACUUCUUUUAAUACAAUUUUGAUUUUGUGGACUAUGCUCUGCCACCCUAGCAUGCCUCGGAUAAUGCAUGCAUAAACGAACAUGGCUUGUUGCAAGAAAACUUUAUAAAAGCAUAGGGCUGAGGAUGUGUAGCUCAGCGGGUAAAGUACUUUUCUAGCAUGUAUAAGGCCCUGGAUUUGACUGCUAACAAUACACAAAGCCAGGUGUGGUAGCAUAUACCUGUGGUCCCAGCAUUCAGCAGGGAGGCAAGAUCAGUUCAAGGUAAUCCUCAGUCACAUAGUGAGGCCAGCCUGGGACACAUGAGAUGUUGUCUCAGACCACUGGCUUCCCACUUCCAAAAAUAAACCUAAAACUGCAAUAUGCUGAGAGACUGGUCCCCAGCUGUAAGAUGCAAACCCUGGCCUAUACCCAGCCAGCUUCGAUUGCUAUUUUGUGUAAGAUACCCAGAACCAUUUCCCAAUGGGGGCUUUGCGGGGUGCUCCAACAACCAACCAGCAGUGAUGUGUCAUCUGAUACCAAGAUCAAGUACUGCCACUGUGAACACGGUGACGCUAAGCAUGGUUCCAGGCCUAUCCGAUCAUUCCUGUACCAGCAACAAUUUGUGUAAGAUCUAAAACAUUUACCACGUAAGACAAACUGAGGGGAUCCUAGUAAAGAGAUCACUUAAAAGCAGUGAGCCACUGCCACUUGUCAACUGCAUAGCAAAGGUUUACUUAGCACAGAACUGAUGGCAAAAGCUAUUGGGAAACAGGGCUGGUGUGAACCGGGAUUUCUAUUCUUAUGCAACACAGCAGAUUGCCUUCUAGCGUGGUGCUCCUACCUCAGUUUGUAGAACCCAGUCUAUGCAGUUGAGUGGUAAGCCUUGCCUCUGACCUUUCGUAGCCUCGAGAGGAGGCGGCCUGCCAUUGCCUGGUGUGUUUCUUGUGUCUAGAGUCCUAACAGUGCUGCAGUCUGUGCCAUUUCCAACAUGUGACCCGGAACCUUCAGGUCGUCCCUCCUUGACCCCCAAGGUUUAGCCCAGAAAAUAAGGACAGAAAAGGCUUCCUUCAAUUUGGUUUCCAAUUUUCAAUAGCUCAGUAACAAGCCCUCUUUACUGGUGACUAGUGUUUUUCAGUAUUUUCCCAUCAUUACAAAAGUUUCAGUUUUCAGUCUGGUUUUGCUGUGUUCUAUGUCUCUUCUUUCCUCUCAGAAUUAGUUGAUCUCACUGUAGAAAAGCAGAUCUGCAUAGCAUCGUUGAUCAGAGGAGAUACCUACUGGAUAGUGGACUGCACCUUUAAGCAGUAGAGGAUAAACUACCUACAAAUGUGAAUUUCUUAGUUUCAUUUAAAAGUAUACAGCUGUUAACCUUCCGUGUGCCAAAUCUCUUUUAGGUUAUGUUUUCCUUCAAAGCGAUGUACUUUUUUCUACAUAUGUAGUGUGUAGUUAGCAUAACAUCAUUGGUGCCAUGAAGAUUGUUUUUAAACUCAAUAAAUAUUUAAAUACCAU